AUGGCUAAGCUUACUUUCUCUCGUGUUUUUCUCUUCAUUUUCUUCAUAUCCUUCUUUGUUCAAUCAUCAAACGCAGCCUAUAAUGUGAUCAGUUUUGGUGCAAAGCCAGAUGGAAAAACUGAGGCAACAGAAGCAUUCCUCAAGGCAUGGCAAUCAGCUUGUAACUCAGCCAUAGCCUCCACCAUUUACAUCCCAAAGGGAAGGUUCUUGCUAAAAGCAACUGUUUUUAGAGGGCCAUGCAAGAACAGAAUUACAGUUAAGAUUGAUGGAACACUUGUGGCUCCAACAGACUAUCGUGCACUUGGGAAUUCAGGGUACUGGAUUUUGUUCAUUAAGGUUGAUAGAGUUGCAGUUUAUGGUGGCGCUUUGGAUGCAAAGGGAGCUGGCUUUUGGGCUUGCAGGAAUUCUGGAAAAAGUUGCCCAGUUGGUGCUAGGUCAAUAACAUUCAAUUGGGCAAACAAUAUUGUGGUCAGUGGCUUAACGUCGAUCAACAGUCAGCUUACUCACCUUGUAAUCAACAGCUGCAACAAUGUGGUGGUCCAAAAUGUGAAGCUUAUCGCUCCCGACCUAAGCCCAAACACAGAUGGCAUUCAUGUGCAGACCUCGACCGGAGUUACAAUCAAGGGAAGCACCAUGCAAACUGGAGACGAUUGCAUAUCAAUCGGUCCAGGCACAAACAACUUGUUGAUGAGCAACAUUAAAUGUGGCCCUGGUCAUGGUGUAAGCAUUGGUAGCUUGGCCAGGGAACUCAACGAAGCUGGCGUCCAAAAUGUAACGUUAACGAAUGCAGUAUUCACUGGAUCAGACAAUGGAUUAAGGAUCAAGUCAUGGGCCAGGCCCAGCAAUGGGUUUAUUCGGAACAUUCUUUUCCAAAACAUUGUUAUGAGAAAUGUUGAGAACCCCAUAAUCAUUGAUCAGAAUUAUUGCCCUGACAACCAAGGUUGUCCUCUACAGAGCUCGGGUGUGAAGAUUAGUGAAGUGACAUAUAGAAAUAUACAAGGCACAUCAGCUACAGCAGAGGCUGUGACAUUUGAUUGCAGUCCAAGUAGUCCUUGCAGAGGGAUCAAAUUGCAAGACAUCAAGCUUACUUACAACACUAGGGCAACAACAUCAUCAUGUAAGAACAUUGGUGGAACAAGCAGUGGAGUACUCGUGCCAGAGAGUUGCCUAUAA